ACUUCACUAUAUCUUGUAUAAUAUACAUUUAUAUCUUGUAUAUUUGUCACUAUCAGGCCACCCAACUGAUAGAGUAUACACGCGUUCAAAACAGCGAAGGAAUAUUAUGUGUAGUAUUUAAAGUAUUUUAAAUUGUAUUUUAAGAUCAAAUCGAAUUUACAGUGAUUUUAUUUUUAACUGUGUAGGGCGUUUACGAUCAUGUGAAAUUACAUGUUCAUUUAUAAAUGAAGAGUGACUACAUUUUGUUUUUGACAAAAAAUCCUGGAGGUAUUUUCUUAGUGUUUAUAUAAAUAGAAAGUUAUUUAUUCAAAUCAAAAUGGAAAGGAUCUUCAACUAUAAGUACCUCAACAAGAACCAUUUUAAAGGACUUGAAAAGCACAAAUACAGUGCAAUCGACACCAGCCCAUUGAGCAAUUAUGUGAUGCAUCCGUUCUGGAACACCAGUGUGAAGAUAUUCCCAAAAUGGCUGGCGCCGAACCUCAUAACGUUCGCAGGGUUCGUCCUUAUGGUGACCCUGGUGGUGCUCCUCGGAGUGUUCGACUACGAGUGCAGAGGUCCAAUGGGAGAGCACGGGGUUCGAGUCCCAGCGUGGGUAUACACGGCGUGUGGCGUGUGCCUGUUCUUGGCAUACAAUUUAGACGGCAUCGACGGCAAGCAAGCGAGGAGACUGGGAGUGUCGGGUCCCCUGGGAGAGCUGUUCGACCACGGGAUCGACUCCUACGUGGUGUUCUUUAUACCCUACGGACUGAUGGCUGUGUUUGGGAGGGACCAUGAGUUCACACUUCCCACUCUAAGAGGCUUAUGCCUGGUCAUCAGUGUGUGCCUUAACUUUUACGUCAGCCACUGGGAGAAGUACAGCACUGGGACGUUAUACUUGCCGUGGGGAUAUGACCUUAGCAUGUGGGCAUCCUCAAUGCUGUACCUAGCGCCAGGCAUAUACGGACCUGCCGUGUUCCGAUCCUACAUCUUCGGGCAGGUGACCUUCGUGCAAGCUUUGGAGGUGGUGGUCCAUGUCACGGGACUGGUGUCCACGCUACCUAUAGCGGUGUAUAAUGUGUAUUUAGCCCAUAAAACCAAGUCAGCCCUCCACAAGUCCCUCAUACAAACCCUUAGACCAGUGUGGUCUAUGCUAGUGAUGACCGCAGCUAUCAUAGCGUGGGCUGUCAAGUCGCCUGGCAACGUACUGGAGUACGACCCUAAAGCGUUUGUGCUGUUGUAUGGGACGUACUUUAGUCAUAUAUCGUGUCGCCUAAUAAUGGCAGAGAUGAGCAGGCAGCGGUGUGACGUCAUCACCUGGAUGUGCUGGCCUCUUCUCACAGGUGUUGCCGUCUCGCUCUACUGGCCACACCUGGAAGUGCCCGCUAUGUACAGCUUGUUACUGUUCAGUCUGGCUGGGCACUUGCAUUAUGGUGUAUGUGUGGUACGACAACUAUGCGUCCACUACAAAAUAAACUGCUUCACCGUACCUAAGAACAAAAUCAAAUAACGACAAAGUUUACUGAUUUUUUGUAUUUUUAUAUUCUGUUCAAAUAAGUAAUUUAAAAGGAUUUUGUAAUAAAGCAACCAUUCUCA